AUGAAGAAUAAUUGUCCAACUCAUUUCUCACACACUCGACCAUAUAAACCAUUGGCUCAUGACUUGAAAAGCUCGAACCAAUCUAAAUUACAACUGACACUGAUCAACAAGGAUAUAUUUAAUUAUAUUUCUCAAAAUUGUUUCACUGUCAUCAAACUCGAAUGUUAUCAAUAUGAAGGUACUGUUGAGAAACAUGGUAACAAUGCAUACUGUGUUGCACUCAAACACUUUACAACAAUAACAAGUGAUUGUAGUCAUGAUAAUGAUAUUCCCAAAUCACUUCACAAGAUUGACAAAGACAAACUUGAACAAAUCACAAAAGUUGUAUUUUAUAAUGGUGAUUGUUUGCAAGAUUUAAUCAAACUAUUACCCAAUCUCACUUGUAUUGACUUUUCUAAAAAAGAGAUGGGUGGCUUCCGAGAAUUAAGUCUAGAGAAUCUGAGUAAACUCAAAUCUCUCACCAAAUUAGAUCUUUCUGGCGUUAGUUUACAACGUGAUGGUUCUAAACAUUUGGCAGAAAUCAAAAACCUACCACUCAAAAAACUAUGUCUCCCAAGUUGGGAUCCAUCACUGUAUAAUGGGCUCCCAGCCAAAUUAAAACGAUCAAUCACCAAGAUAACUGCCGAUCCCUAUAUGGAUUUAAGUGUAUUUCCAAAUGUUAAUCAUAUAUUGAUUACCGAAAGAGAUACAUCCCGGUGGAGAUUACCACAAACCGUCACCAAAGUAUCCUCAAAAUAUUUAGAAAUUGGAUUCCUCCCUCACAAUCGACAAGUAACCAAAUUCAAAACCUAUUAUAUGUUUACCAAUCAACAAAAAGUACAUACAUUCCUCAAGACACUCUCGGAUCAGUGUCAUCAUGUUAAAACGGUGAUCAGAUAUGGCAAUUGCCCAUUAAACAUUCCAAAUGAUCUAUUUGAUUCAUUUAACUAUCGAAUAGAUUAUAGUUGGUCAUCAAUGGAAGGCAACUCUCACCAUUAUGCAUCUAGUCAAUAUUUACGACUUGAAAGAAUCAAUUAUCAACCAAUCAUAAUCGAUAGUCAUAUAGAUAUUGAGCAUCAUGAUAAUGAUAUUGAAUAUCGUGAUAAUGAACAACAACAGCCCGACCAUUAA